AUGAGCAACAGGAACGAGCCACCGGGGAAGCUGGGGUGGCUCCUUUCGGCGGCGCCCGCUGUCCGCUACGUCACCACUGCUCCGGAAGAGCUACGCAGAACAAACUGCCCCCAAGUUUUAGCUGUACCUCUUGGAAUAAUGCUGUUAAUUGCAUUGGCAUGGCUAGGGUCUGCACUAACACAGUCCUCUUCUGUUGCCUCCCCUGGUGCAGCGCCCCAUCGCCUUGCAAGCAUCUCACGCCUCAGCUGGACUUCACAGAAAUUCCCCAAAGAUGCUCCAGCGGCGCUCCAGCCAGCAGCUGCAGCUGCACAAAUACCUCAUCCGACACAACUGCCCCAUGAGACGCCUCCAGAGGCGGGAGGCUCGUCGCGGCAGAGCCUGCGGAGUGCGAAUUUUCUCAAGCCCCGGGCCUUGGAAUUCCCCACUAGUCUGAACUCAACAAAGACCCCAACUCCACAGCCGCAGCAACGAACCCAAAGACCACACAGCAGCAGCAGCAGCAGCGCGCCGUCUGUGGACCCGCCGGCGGGUGGCGCUUCGCGGGCGCCCGACAGCAAAUGGCAUCUUUUUUCUUUUGUGCAAGGAUCUCCCAUGCCAAACACUGUUAUAGUUAUUUUCGUGGGCAGUGCAGUUGUUUUAGUGCUAAUUGUUGUGGCCAUCAUUUCGCAUUACGCCCUCAGCUCCCGCACUCAAAUGCGACAGGGCAGCGCCGGCUUCUCGAGGCAGCAGUACCACGGCCGCGCACAGCAGCGCAACCCUUUAGUUCCAAGGCUGAACCACGACGUAUUUGCCUCCGUGGUGGAAAGCCACCCAAUUUCCAGACCAGAGUCUUUCAAUUCUCUUUAUGAUUUACCCCCAGGCUUUAAUGAAAGGAAGACCCCGAGGGAACUGGAAUACGAACGGCGAGUAAUGCAAACCCGUCUAGCGCCUAGACCGGAGGAUCCGCAACGAGAACAAACACGAAGAAUGGACUCCCGCAGCUCACCCCGUGGGAAGCUGGACAGCUGA